AUGGCUAUGUGUUUACGAAACAAGAAAAAACUUACAAACCACAAAGAAGAUCUGUCUGGUCAAGUUCUCCAAAACACAGAAAAAACAGGAAUAGACAAAACUAGGACAUAUACUUGUAAGAUAUGCAAAAGGAAAUUCAGCUGGAAAUGUGCUUAUAGACGACAUUGUACGAAGCGUAUUAAUUGCGACUUUUGUGGGAAAAUAUGCUGCAAUAUAAUUAUAUUGAAACAGCAUAGAAAAUCACAUGAUGAAGAAAGAACCCAUGUGUGUCCUAUAUGUGGAGUCAAGUUGACAGGCCAAAGUCAAUUCAAAGCACAUAAGAAGACUCAUCUUAAAUUCACAUGUGUUACAUGUGACAAACAGUUUUUGAUCAGGUCCAGUUCAACAGGAAAUGGAGAUACCAGCACUGGGAACAAGCCCUAUCGAUGCGGUAAAUGUCGAAGGAAAUUGUUAGAUUAUGUGUGUGAUAUAUGUGGGGGGAAAUUUAAAUCAAAAUGCAGUCUUAAAAAUCAUCAAAAAGUGCACACUGGUGAGAAACCAUAUAAAUGUGACAUCUGUUCCCACAGAUUCCCAGCAAAGUCUACCAUGUUGGUUCAUCGAAGAUCCCAUACUGGUGAAAAACCUUACAAAUGUCAUAUGUGUGAGAAAAGAUUUGUAAAAAAAGGAACUUUAAAAGAACAUGUAAUGUCGCACACUGGGGAAUUUCCAUACAAGUGUGAUACUUGCGGAUUGACGUUCAAACGUAAAAACAAUUUGAAUAGCCAUCUGCGGGUGCAUACUGGAGAAAAGCAAUGUUUGUGUGACAUUUGUGGACGUAUGUUUUCUGACACCACAAGGCUCAAUUAUCAUUUGCGAUGUCAUACUGGUAAAAAACCAUAUAAAUGUAACACUUGUGGUAAAUAUUUUGCCAAUAAAAAGUAUGUGAAAGUACACAUGCUGAUUCAUACAGGUGAAAAACCACAUCAUUGUGAUGUAUGCGACAAGUAUUUCCGUCAUUUGAGUGACUUACGAGAACAUGCUAAACGUCAUGUUGGCGAGAAUCCAUUUCAGUGUGAGACAUGUGGAAAAAAUCUUGCAUCAACGAGAAAUUUGAAGUUACAUCAGAGAAUCCAUACUGAGAAAAAGAACAAGAAAAAAUUGCCUGUGAAUGAGGAUAUUCAAGAGGAGUCUACAAAUGAUGAUAAUAUAAAUGUACGCACUACAUUUAAAAACUUCAGGUGUCGUGUCUGUGGAAUGCAGUUCUUACGAAAAAGUACUCUGAAAUUACAUGAUAGAACACAUGUCAAGAAAAAAACUUUCAAAUGUUUAUCCUGUGGAAAAAUUUUUUUACUUAAAAAUACUUUGAAACUACAUAAAAAGAAGCAUGCUAAUGAGAAAUCAAGCAAGUUAAAACAAUCGAUGACCAAGACUACACAUGCUGUUAAAAAAAAUAAGCCUGCGGAAAAGUGUCAGCUUGUUGGUAACCAAGAGUCGAUAUCUUGUACUAGUGAAAUAAGAGAUCUGCAUUCAACACCAGCUGCUACAGUUCCCUCUAGUAAUGUAGAUCAGUCUAUAGAUUCAGAAGAACAAAAUGAAGCAAGUGUGAUUGUAAAUCAGCCUGAAAAAAAUCUAGAGUCACAUGCAACAUCCAGUAAUGUUAGAAGAGCGAUCGAGUCCCAGGCCAUUGAUUGCGACAAUGAUGAAUAUAUUAAAGUUGAUUCUGGAGAUGAAGAGCCUGCUUACUCAGCUGAUACAGAUACUAGCACUGCUGCACACACAUUAAGACAAAAAACUACUAAACGAACCGGAGUGUGUGCUGUAUGCAUCGCCCGAUCUGCUCAAUUCGUAAAAUCUACAGCAGGGAUAUCGGACGAUGAGUCUGACAGUGACGGUGAUGACCGUUUUCAAAUCGACCAUAUAACGAAGCGAGGACUUCGACUGAAAAUGGUGCAAGUUUUCUUCAGACAUGGUGCUAGAACACCUUUGAAUUUAAUACCAAAUCCAAAGAAUAUACCAGAAUUGGAA